AUGGAAGUUGUCUUCUCAUCAAGUGAUGAUCUCGCAACUGAAAUCUUCUCUCGACUACCAGCUGAAGACAUUACAAUAAGGAUACAGGUAAAACCAGCUUUGCAGGAUUUCCUUCCUGAGAAAGUUAAUGUUAUACUGGCUUCUUGCAAUGGCCUUCUAUGUUGUCAGAGUAUUCCUAAUGAUGAUUUCAAAGAGCCAGUUAGGCAAAGAAGAAGAUAUGAGAAUAGGGUGCAAUUGAAUUCUGCCAAGGAGCUUUCUGUCCCUUUCUGUCCCUUUGGCACUUCAGUGAACAAGAAACCAUGUUUUAAGUUGGUGGGAAUUCAACGUUCUGAAGCUGCUUUGAAUGCAUAUUCCUUUGUUGUGUGCUCGUCUGAGACAGGAAAAUGGACAACUUCCAAGGAAGUUUGGCAUUGCCAUUACAGAAUUCACAAGAAUAGGGAGAUAUUAGUAGUCGGUAAUAGAUUUUAUUGGUUGACUUGGAACCACCACAUUAUCACUUCUGAUGCAGAGAGAGAGCUUUCUGGAGUCAUUGAACUGCCAGGUCCAGUGAUGGGAGGUGAAGGGUGGAGGAGAAUGUGCCUGGGAAGUUCUGAAGGGUAUUUUCAUUAUCUGGAACUUUACACUGCCUUAGAACCAAUUAUUCUCCCUUCUGCGGUUUGCUUGACUGCUAUGGGUGUUCUGAUCAAGGGAGACCAAAAUUUUAGAGCUAAGUCAAGUGAAAGUCGAGAAGAUGUUCAUUGCAGAAGAGAAUGA